UUGCAAGAAAUGCGCGAACGGUAUCUUUCGUGGCUUUGCUUUAUGGCCUCGCAAAGGUUGGAACAUACAACACAAAAUUUGUCGGGAAAGUGAAAGCCACAAGUGCACAAGACGUAUCGAAUCAAACUGGCAGGAUCAAAAGCAACUAAUAAGUGGCUGCCUGUGCGGACCAGGAACACUGUUUCUCGCGGUUGGCAUAAAAAGAUUUUGUUUGGCUUGACCAGGAAAGAUAUUGAAAUAUUUUUCUUUCGUCGAGGCAACCACAAAUACGACAACUGAGAAGCAGAAAAACAAAAGCAUUUGUAUACCUUUUUCAAACUAGAACUGAAGCAGCCAUCAUGGACAGACCUACUGGCAUUUCGCCCAUCUCCCCCAAUUUCCACAAGCGAUUCGAAAAUGUGGAACAAUACGUUUCGGAACUUGGUGGUGACAAAUCCUUUGUCAUUGAAAAAGUUUUGAUUGCCAACAAUGGUGUCGCAGCAGUCAAGGCUAUUCGAUCCAUUCGCCGGUGGGCCUAUGAAGUGUUUGGAAACGAAAAAGCGAUUUCCUUCGUGGUCAUGGCCACCCCUGAAGAUUUGCGAGCCAAUGCUGAGUAUAUCCGAAUGGGAGAUGUCAUUGUGGAUGUUCCGGGUGGCUCCAACAACCACAACUAUGCAAAUGUCACCCUCAUUGUGGAACUGGCCAGGCUUCAUGGAGUCAAUGCCGUGUGGGCUGGAUGGGGCCACGCUAGUGAGAAUCCAUUGCUCCCUGACACUCUAGCCAAAAGUGUCCCUCCUAUCAAAUUCAUUGGACCUGCUGGACCUCCUAUGAGAGCUUUGGGGGAUAAGAUUGGAAGUACCAUCAUUGCUCAAUCGGCCAAAGUACCUUGCAUUGCCUGGAAUGGAGAAAAUGUCAAUGCAACUUACGACAGAGAAAGUGGGUCUCUUCCCAAGGAAGCCUACGACGAAGCCAGCAUUGCAAGUUCUCAGGAGGCCGCCGAAGCCGCCAACCGAAUUGGAUUUCCAAUCAUGAUCAAGGCGUCCGAAGGAGGCGGUGGAAAGGGAAUUCGCCGAGUGGAUAAUCCAGCUGAUGUAGCCAAUGCUUUCCGACAAGUGUGCGGUGAAGUCCCGGGCAGUCCAAUCUUCAUCAUGAAACUUUCGUCCAAUUCUCGUCACUUGGAAGUCCAGCUCUUGGCUGACGAGUAUGGCGAUGCGGUGGCGCUCAAUGGACGCGAUUGUUCCGUGCAACGUCGUCACCAGAAAAUCAUCGAAGAGGGACCUCCAGUGGCGGCGGACCCUAAGAUUUGGGUGGAAAUGGAGAAGGCAGCAGUUGCUCUUGCCAAAGCUGUGGGAUACACCAACGCAGGAACAGUCGAAUACUUGUAUUCCGAAUCAGAAGCAAAGUUCUACUUUUUGGAACUGAAUCCAAGAUUGCAAGUCGAGCAUCCAGUAACAGAAAUGAUUACCAGGGCUAAUCUACCAGCUGCACAGUUACAGGUUGCCAUGGGAAUCCCCCUCUACAAUAUUCCAGAAAUUCGAGAGAUCUAUGGCCGUAACCGUUUCGAUGACAAUCCAAAAGACGCAAGCGCCAAAAUUGACUUUGACAACGUCUCGAGAGUUCCAGCGAAUGGGCACUGCAUUGCGGUAAGGAUCACUGCAGAAAAUGCUGAAGCCGGAUUCAAGCCUACCAGUGGUGGUAUUCAAGAGUUGAACUUCCGUUCGACGCCUAAUGUUUGGGGCUACUUCAGCAUGGACAGUUCCGGGUCCAUUCACGAAUUUGCAGACUCUCAGUUUGGGCACUUGUUUGCCAACGGCCCCGACAGAGAGCAAGCAAGGCGCAAUAUGGUGCUAGCCUUGAAAGAGCUUUCCAUCAGGGGAGACAUCAGUACUACUGUUGACUACAUUUCAAAGCUAAUAGAGCUUGAGGACUUCGUGAACAACAGAAUUGAUACAGGCUGGCUGGACGCUAUCAUCAAGGAAAACGUCGAUGGAAUGGCCGCUGCUGAGAACGUGCUCCAAAGACGCAAGACGAAUGUAAAAAUUGACGCUCUGCAUGACCAUAUGCACAUGGUAAUUGCUGCUACCGUUGUGGCUUACAAUCGUUGCAAGACUGGAGAAGAGUCGUUUGUGCAAUCACUGGAAAAGGGCCAACUGCCAUCUCGAACAUGCGUCGACAUGAAACAUGACGUGGAGCUCAUCCUGAAUGGAGUGAAGUACAAGUUGCGAUGCACCCGCAACGGACCGCAUGCCUUCUCCAUUGGCUCUUCAACAGGCACUGAGAGCGUCGCUACAUCGGUUAGGGUUCUCAGUGAUGGCGGCUACCUGAUCGACAUUGCUGGAAGCAGCCAUGUUGCAUACCUGACCAGCGCGCCUGAAGCUGCGACGGGAAUGCGUAUCAAUGUUGGUGGAGCGAAUAUUGCAUUUUCUCCCGACUAUGACCCGUCAUCUCUGCGUUCUGACGUUGCAGGCAAGCUCGUCAAAAGGCUGGUCGGUGACGGUGCUCAUGUGAGGAAGGGAGAGGUGUUCGCCGAGGUCGAGGUGAUGAAAAUGUUCAUGCCUCUCAAAGUCGACGAGGCCGGUGUCCUAUCGUGGAAUGUCAACGAAGGAGCCGCUCUUGCACCGGGCGACCUGUUGGCCACUCUGGAGCUUGACAACCCUGACAAUGUCUCCACCGUGGAACUGUUUGAAGGUGAUCUCAAUUUGAACCUGUCAGGACAAGCAAGUGCCACCGCCUCCACCAGGAGAGCACACCUCCUGUUCCGCGGGGCAAUUGAAAAAUUGAAUGGAGCUGUGUCUGGUUACGUACUCAGCGAUGAAGCUAUCGAACGCGCCAUUUCUGAUUUGGCCAGUGCGGUGAUGGACCCGGAGUUGCCUUUGCUCGAGAUUGACGAACAGCUAUCGGUACUGAGCGGCCGAAUCCCGGGAAAGCUUUUCGAUGGCAUUUCGUCUAUUUUGCAGGAUCAAAAGACGCUGAUAGCGGAGCAAGCAGGAAGUGGCGUACAGGUGAAAUUUCCCGCCAAACAGAUCAUUGAUUUGCUGCAGGCGGAAGAAGCUUCAUUCACUGAUGCAUCAGAGCAGUCUGCAUUCCACGCGCUAACAACUCCAUUGCGUGAUGCUGUGGUACCUUACACGAAAAGCAAGGCCGCCGGUGUCCCGGGGUCUGAAAGGGCCCUUCAUAGUUUCCUUUCCCUCCUUCGGAAAUGGGUCGCUGUCGAGCGAUGGUUCUACGAUGCAAGUUCCUACGCUGAUGCGGUUGAAAGCUUGAGAAAAGCGCACAAGAAUGAUUUCGUCACCGUGUUGGAGGUGUGCAGGUCGCACGAGCAGCUGAAGCUGACAUCAAGCAUUGUGAAACGAAUUGUUUCAGCCAUCGGAGACGGUUACAAGUUGGAUCCAGAAACCAGUAACGUUUCGCCAAUCGGCAAACGCGUCUCUGUGGUUGCUGGGGCGGAAAGCCUAUCAGAUGCCAUUCCUGCCAUCUCCGAAAUUGGAUCGAUGGGCAAUAAGAAAGAGUACUCCGAUGUGGCUUUGAAAGCGCGAAAACUGUUGAUGCAACAGAGCAUGCCAAGCUUUGAAGAGCGCAAGGCGAAAGUUUUGGAAGCAGUAGCGAAGUUGACUGCUGCAGACGGUGCCCAGUCUACAAAGGAGGUAGACGAGUUGUUGGCCGAUCAAACCCCCAUGGUGGACGUAUUCUUUCCAUUGUUGACCAGUGUCUCUUCCAGCAGCGAAAAGGUUGGUUUGCUCGAGCUUUAUGUGCGCAAUUUCUACAGAACGUACUCUGUGAAGAUGAUACAACGAAACGCAGAGGACUCCCUACUGAAGUUUACAUUUAUGAACAAGCGGUCAGAAAGUGCGAUUCACUCUUCAACGUCGGUCACCAGUAUGUCUGAUUUGACCAGAAUUAUGAGCAGCUCUGCUUCUUUGAGCAAUCUGGGAGCUGCCGAGGACUCGGUCCUAUCAAUGGACGACAAAGAGAAGAUCCCGCCCCAAACCCUUCGGACUGGCGUAUUUGCGGUUGUUGACAAGUUCGAUGACCUGGUUGACCCGGGAAAGUUCUCCAGCGUCUUGCAACAAUUCCCGUCUACCUCUUCAUCCGAUCACGCGCCCUUCAAUGUGCUGUAUUUUGUAGUACUUUGCACAAGUGUGGGAAGUGACGAAGGCACCGAUGAAAGCAUCUCCAAGAAAGCAACGGAUAUGCUCUCGCAAUGGUAUGACGUCUUGAAAUCUGCAGGUAUUCGCAGGGUCACCCUCCUGUUCAAGCAAGAACAAGACGACGAAUUCGAGGAGUACCGCGCCCCGGUCCUUUUCACUUUUAGAUCCCCAGACUUUCAGGAGGACUCCAUUUAUCGCCGCAUUGAUCCAAGUCACGCCCUUCAUCUUGACCUUAACCGGGUGGCAGCGAACUUCCGAGUGCGCAGUUUGGGCUCCAGGCACACAUCCACUUGCCAAGUUCAUUUGUACGAAGGCACACCGAGGUCCUCGGCUUUGGCCAAGGACAAGAAGGCCAACCGAGCAGCGAGGGUGUUCGUACGUGCGUUGAGUUUUGUUCUCGACUUUUCAUCUUCCAGCUUUGAACGAAUCCUGGUGGAUGCCUUGAAUGCCUUGGAUCUGUGCGCAACCAAGAGCACCACGGACAACCACUUGUUCAUUAACCUUGUCAGUGACUACGAGAAAGCAGUUCUUGACCCUGUGGUUGUUGAGCAAGUGGUGGUCGACAUUCUGAAGCGUCAUGGCGAACGCGUUUCAAACCUCGGUAUUGUAGAGGUGGAAGCACGAAUUGUGUGUUGCCUCAGCUUGGACUCUCCUCCAAUUGCGUUGCGACUUGUCGCCAGCAACCCGACCGGGUUCGUCCACGUGAUGAGUACAUAUGUGGAAGCUGCGGUGGAGUCUGGAACCGAACGUAUCUUCAAACUGAUUGGAGGAACAAAGGCGAGCCUAGCCAGCACCGGUGAUAGUUCUUGGGAGGGCCUGAACGUGGACACACCGUACCCGUUGACAAGACCGUUUGAUGCCCAGCGUAAUGCAGCUCAACGUUCAUCUGACACUCUGUAUUGCUACGAUGUACCAGCCCUCUUUGAAGCCGCCGUCGAACAACAAUGGGCGACAACGUCCACUCUGGGAGGAAUCAAUGGGGGGAUCAGAGCAGCAUCGCGCCCGUUGAUGGUGAUGUACACAACGGAAUUGGUGGUGAAAAGGAAGGAUGGUUCGGGCAGUUGGACCAUGGAAGACUACAUCAACGGCGAAUUGGAACUGCAGCAGAUUAACCGAGGUGCAGGCGCGAACGAUGUUGGCAUGGUGGCUUGGCUGAUGGUCUUGAAAACUGUGGAGUAUCCAAAUGGACGUCAAGUUGUCCUGAUUGCAAAUGACAUUACUCACAAAGCUGGCAGUUUCGGCACCCGUGAAGAUGUCGUCUUCAAGAUGGCAUCCGAAUACGCCAGGCAUAUGCGCAUUCCUCGCAUUUACAUUGCCGCGAAUUCGGGAGCAAGGAUUGGUCUUGCAUCGGAAGUGAAGAAGCGCUUCAAGGUCGCUUUCAAGGAUCCUGCUCAGCCCGAAACAGGGUUUGAUUUUCUGUAUGUAACCAAGGAGGACUACGAGGACCUCAACAAAGGCAAGCAACAGAUCAUGGGCAGCCCCACUUCCUACAACGGCCAGUCGGUAUACCAGGUGACGGACAUCAUUGGCGCUGAACCCGACCUUGGCGUAGAGAACCUAAAAGGAUCCGGGCUCAUUGCGGGCGAAACAAGUGUGGCCUACGAUGAGAUCUUCACGAUGACCAUUGUGCUUGGAAGAACUGUUGGCAUCGGGGCUUAUCUCGUGCGUCUUGGACAAAGAACCAUCCAGAGGAUGUCUGCAUCCCCCAUCAUUUUGACUGGCUACCAAGCUCUGAACAAACUGAUGGGAGUUGAUGUGUAUUCCACCAAUGAUCAACUUGGAGGACCCGGUAUCAUGUAUCCCAAUGGUAUCUCGCAUAUGGUUGAACCUGAUCAUCUUCGUGCUGUCAAGUCCGCCAUCGAUUGGCUAUCCUACGUCCCUUCAGUCCGAGGUGGAUUGUUGCCCGUUGCGGACAUUCGAGGUUAUGAUGAAAUCGAACGACCAGUCUCGUUCUGCCCAUCUCCUGGAGCCACCUAUGACCCACGCGCGCUGAUAGCUGGAGGCGAAGACGAUAGUGGUGUUUGGCAAAGUGGUUUCUUUGAUAAGGGAAGUUUCACUGAAGCGCUCGCAGGUUGGGCAAAGACUGUCGUUGUCGGACGCGCACGACUUGGAGGAAUCCCCAUGGGUGUUAUCAUUACCGAAAAUCGCACAGCCGAAGCCGUCAAGCCCGCUGACCCUGCGGAUGUGAAGGCGUCCGAAGCGGUGAUCCAAGAAGCUGGAUGUGUGUGGUUUCCCAACAGCGCCUACAAGACAGCACAGGCUAUCAAGGACUUCAGGACUGAGGAUUUGCCUCUAAUUGUCUUUGCCAACUGGCGUGGGUUUAGCGGAGGCCAACGUGAUAUGUUCGAUGAGGUUCUCAAGUACGGGUCGUUGAUUGUUGAUGCUUUUGUAUCCUAUGAGCAGCCAGUUUUUGUUUUCAUCCCACCGUUUGCAGAGAUUCGAGGUGGUGCUUGGGUUGUCCUUGAUGCAUCCAUCAACGCAUCGGUAAUGGAAAUGUAUGCUUCUUCGAAAACAGCUCGCGGUGGUGUUCUUGAAGCUAACGGAGCAGCCAGUGUCAAGUACAGGACACCAGACCUGAUUGUAACCAUGCACAGGCUUGAUGAUCAGUUGAUUGCGCUGGACUCGAAGCUGGCAUCGGAGAGCGAUGAUGCGGCGAAGAGCGCCAUCAAAGAGAAGAUUUCCAAGAGAGAGAGCGCUUUGCUUCCUGUUUACGAACAGAUUGCAGUUCAGUUCUGUGAACUGCAUGAUACACCUGGAAGGAUGAAGGCUGUUGGCGUGAUUCAUCGGGAAGUUGAGUGGAAAGAGUCUCGCACUUACUUUUAUUGGCGCCUUCGCAGGAAGCUUGCCGAGUUCGAUCUGCGUAAGAAGCUGGUCGAGGCAUCCCAAGUAGGCCGAUCGGUGAAGACACUGUCGCCACUCGAGGCGAGUGCCGUUGUCAAACAAUGGUUCCUGGAGACUGCUGGAAUGGAUGAAGCUGGGUGGGACAAUGACAAGCUCUUGCUUUCCUGGAUGGGAGAACGCUAUGCAGAGCUAGAACAAAAGGUUUUGGACUACACCAAGCGAUGUGUAGCGGAAGAAGUUGUGCAAGUAAUGACAUCCGGCGGGAACACUGCCGUGAUUGGAACAGCAGGAAUUGUGCAAGGAGUUGGAGAGGCGUACAAGAAGAUGGACCCAGAGCAGAAGGCUCAUUUCAUGAAGAUGCUGAAAGAAACUCUUCAGAUGAGUUGAGGUGGCUAGCUACUACUAGACUUGGUUUGUGUUGGCAUUAAUAAUAUAUAAGAAGAGAAACAAAUGAACUUGAAGCAGCGAAGUACUAGUACUGUAGCGAUUCAUCACAAGCUAAAGGUGUUUCUACCGAUCUGUACUUUCCUUGCAAUAAUCUCAGUGUCUGUAAUAAGUGGUACUGGUACCGGUACCUGGUGCCAUGGCCUGUGACACUUGAGAGUUCAAGCGGUUUGAAGCAACGGGUGCAUCUACCGGUCUACCGGUAUCUCCAUGGUGAUCUGUUGUGAUACCACUACUACUCUAGCUAGGGUAUGUUAUUAGAUAGCUAGCUUUUCAAUCAUCCCCCAAACCCCAAUGGAGUUACAGCACUGGUACCGGUAAGGUACCUGGUACAGUACGCUGUAC